AUGGAUGACUUGGCUGCCCAACUCGCCAAUAUAACUACUCAUUUGCUACCAUUGGAAGAAUCUCAUCCACGUCCUAUCGGUGAACUAGCGUCACAACAUGUACAUCAUAAGCCGGCUCGUGUGGAAUUUGUUCGUUUCUUCGGUGUUGAUCCAGAAGUUAAUGAGAACGAAGGAGAGACUUCGGUAGUGGAACCCCUCAUUACUGAUGAAGCUUUGGCAGAGGAACUCCAAUGUUUAGAGGUUCAGGAACAUUCCUCUAUUUCUUAUCAUGCAUUGGCAGGAGGGCAUUCACCACAUACACUUCGAUUCACUGGCCAUGUCAAUGGAUCUCCGGGAAUAAGUUAUCUUUGGCAAGGGGAAUCGCCUACAGGGGUCCAACCAGUUCAGCUACAUAGUUUACGUCAUCUAACGGCUAUUGAUGCCAUAUCUUCCUUCUUUUGUUUGGAGUUGGUGCAUGAGGACAUGGUCACCUCUGAAAAUACUCCAGUUGAACUCAAGGAAAUACUCAAUUCAUUUGAAGAUGUCUUUCAGAAACCUCUGCCUCCAGAACGAUCCCAAGAUCAUGCGAUUCACUUACAACCAGGUAUCAGUCCUGUUAAUGUCAAACCAUAUCAUUAUCCCUAUUUUCAAAAGCAUGUAAUGCAGCAAUUAGUCACUGAGAUGUUAAAAGAAUGCAUCAUUCGACCUAGUAAUAGCCCAUUCUUUUCUCCGAUGCUACUAGUUCGAAAGAAGGAUGGAACAUGGCGAUUUUGUGUGGAUUAUCGUGCCCUCAAUGCCCUAACUGUGCGUGAUCGCUUUCUAAUUCCCAUGAUAGAUGAGAUUUUUGAUGAAUUACAUGAGACUCGAUACUUUUCUAAGCUGGACUUACUUUUGGGGUACCACCAGAUACGUGUUCAAUACGUGUUCAAACAGGAGAUACUGGGAAACAACAUUUAG